UUUACUGUAGACGUGCAUUAGUGUGUCUGAUACCUGCAUCUGUCUUUUCUAACUGGUGUUGCUUGCUUCUUGCAGGGAUUCAGUUUCGUCUCCCUACUACUUGCAGCGUGGACCGCGCUCAGCCACCUCCAGUGGUAUCAUAUCCUCCCAGUUACAAGAAGACUCCACCUCCUGUGCCCCCGCGCACCACCACCAAGCCUCUUAUCUCUGUGACAGCCCAGAGCAGUACAGAGUCUACCCAAGAUGCCUACCAGGAGGGCAGGCAUCCGCGGGGUGGAUUGUGGACCACGGAUAGCCUUGGUCGUCCCAUCUACAGCUCCAUGGACAGCUUGGACAGCACCAAGGCAGUCACCAUGGCCAUGGAGUCAGCAGCAGCAAAGAGGCAUGCGUCUUUGGGCAGCCACAUCUCCGUCCAGACAUGCGACAAAGCAGUGCUGGUGUCCAAGGCAGAGGAGUACCUCAAAACCCCACGUUCCUCUAUUGGGAUACAGGUGGAAACUGUGACAGACUCUGAGACUGAAAGUAAAGGCCUUCCCCAGUUCCAUUCGAUAGGGAUCCAAGUGGAGGAUCAUAAACGGCAUGGCAGGUUCAAGCGCUCUAAUAGUGUGACCACUGCAGUACAAGCAGACAUGGAGUUAGAGGGCUUUCCUUCCAUGGAGGACAAGGGCCUACAGUUUGGUGGUGGCUUUGGUCGCCACUCUGAGCCCAGCACUCCCACGCAGUAUGGGGCCAUUCGUACGGUGCGCACACAGGGCCUGUUCAGUUACCGGGAAGACUACCGGCCUUCCAGUGGGCCCCCCAGUCCACAGCCUGAACCCUGGCUGGUUGAACCCAGUCUGGAGAGCACUGAAACGGGCCGAGUGUCACCCCUUCGCAGGGAUGGCAGCUGGUUUAUGCAGCUCCUUCACAAUGAAACCAAGCGGCUGGAGGGAUGGUGCAAAGAGAUGGAGAGAGAAGCAGAGGAACAUGACCUGUCAGAGGAGAUCCUAGGAAAAAUCCGGAGUGCAGUGGGAAGUGCUCAGCUACUAAUGUCUCAAAAGUUUCAGCAGUUUUACUGGCUGUGUCAGCAGAAUCUGGACCCCAGUGCCAUGCCCAGACCCACAUCUCAGGACCUGGCUGGAUUCUGGGACCUCUUGCAGCUUUCCAUCGACGACGUCACUGCCAAGUUUGAUGAGCUGCAGCAGAUCAAGAGCAACCAGUGGCAGCUGGUAGAGAGCCCAGAGAAGAAGGAGCGGAAGUGGCCACCACCUCUGCCAAAGCGGCCGACCAAAGGACGUGGCGGCGUGACGCGAGAGCGCUCUCUGGACCUUCAGGACCGCCAGCGACAGGAAGCCCGCAGACGCCUCAUGGCUGCCAAACGAGCAGCUUCUUUCAGACAGAACUCAGCCACAGAGAGGGCAGACAGCAUCGAGAUCUACAUCCCUGAAGCCCAGACACGGCUUUGAGGUCCACGGAUUCACCCUCAGCUCCUCUUGUACACUUCCACCCAACACCAGCCCGUGGCAUCACAUUCCGCCUCCUCCUGCUGUCAUUAUUGUCCAUUGUCUCAUCGUCUGUCGCCAUUCUCUGGGUUGUCCCUUCUGAAGCUACACUAGGCGAGAUUUCAGUUGAAAAUGCUACCGUGUCAAUCAGCUUAAAUGACAAUGUGGCACUGCCAUAGGGAAGAACAGCCCAUCUUCCCUGAGUCAGGUGAGUCAGCUGUGGACAGUUGUUUAUCUUCAGAAAGUAAUAAAGAAAACAUUUAAAAUGAAGCCCAAUACAAAAAUGGGACACACCAGCGUCAGGUCUUUUGCCUCUUUGUCCUUCUUCUUUGGGUAAAAGUGACCAGCUGGAUUGGUAAACAUGAGCCACUGACGUGAAGUUGCCUAGUGUAGCUUUAAACCCACAAGGGACUGUUUGCCACACGUUCUGCACCAUGAGAAUGAGCUGCUAUACCCCAAAAUCAACAUUUCACCUGGUAUUUAUUUGAGCAACAUCACUUCAAGUUGGUAAUUUAUUUGGUCGUAGCCGUCAUUGUUAAGAUCCCAGUCUUCUCCAUUGUUGUUCCAUUGCUCUGCUGCGAAUAAUGCCGUAUAUACCACAUUCAAAGAGAAACACAAAGUGCAGCCUCUAUAGAGUUUCUCACCAGCAACAAUGGUCUUGGGCUGAAGCACCCAGUGUGAAGGUACGUUUCCUGCUGUCUUAGCAAAGUGAAAAAGCCUUUCAAAAUUUUCAUCAGCCCAGUCGGCAGAAAAAUGUUAGCACUGUACGUUUCUGCACACCUCGAGUGUGUUAGCUUUGUGCGUUUCAUACGUAUCAAAAAAAUAUGUCUACAAUACAUGUUAUAUCACGUUCACAUUCCAUUUAUAUGAGCUUAGUUUCUCAUCUGGAACCAGUGUUUGAAACCACUUUAGCCAACCAACAAAUCGACUCUGUGAAUGUCAAGUGGGACAUUUUGUAGCUGUGAUUGCGACAACUAAAGAUUUUUUUUU